AUGAUGGAGGGUUCGGCGCGGGAGUCCCUCCGGGAGGUGGCGGUGUUGGCACCGAUUUGUCAGACAAACGAGUGGUGUCUCAUAGGACUCAUUGUGGCGGUGAUCGCCUAUUACUACAUUUCGUGGAGGAAAGCCUUCAGCUAUUGGACGGAUCGACACAUUUGUGGUCCAAAACCCAUACCUAUAUUCGGAAAUGUUUUGAGUUUAUCCCUAAAUACUCGAACAUUAGUGGAGUUGCAGUGGUAUAAGAAAUACGGAAAAAUUUUUGGAUUAUACAUAUCAGCGAAGCCCUGGCUAACAGUGGCCGACCCGCAGCUCAUCAAACAAAUUCUGGUCAAAGAUUUCAACUCAUUUCGUAAUCGACAGCCACGUGCCCGGCCUAAUGGACUGCUCAUCAAGAAUAUGGUUCGAGCGAGGGAUGACGACUGGAAACGAGUGCGGGCUAUAGCCACCCUUACCUUUACACCCGGAAAAUUGAGGAAAAUGUAUGGCCUUAUCAACCAUUGCUGCAAAGACUUCAUCGAUAGCCUGGAUAAGGAUGUGUCGAAUGGUAUGAAUGAAGUCGAGUUGAAGCAACUGAUGGGCGCCUACACUAUGGAUGUGAUCGCCAGCUGUGCCUUCGCUACCAAAACCAAUGCAUACGCCGAUCCUUACAACCCGUUCACCACUAAAGCCAACAAUUGUUUACUGUUCCCAUUUGGAAAAGUAAACACUGGUAUAUACCGCCGAACUUUAAAUACCGGCGCUUCUGAAAGUGAUUUCUUCAUUGACAUCUCCAGAAGCCUAAUACAGAAGCGAAAGAAAAACAAUGAAAAACAUAACGAUUUUCUGCAGCUAUUAAUGGAUGCCGAGAGAAGUGAUGGCGAUAUCCAAGAGGCCAGUGAUGCCAAUGAAGCACAUCAUGUGAAUGAGGGUAAGGAUGAGAUGGAAGCCGACGCCGAGGCUCUCAGUGAUGUCGUCGAGAAGAAGUUGACUGAAGACGAGAUAUUACGCCAAUGUUUCCUCUUUUUUAACCGGUUACGAGACAAUUGCCACUACUCUGUCGUACUGUACGACAGACUCUAUGAGACCAAAGACGUGUUCAAUGAAAAGGGAGAAAUCGAUUACGAAGUCCUAUCCAGACUACCAUUCAUUGACGCACUCAUAUCCGAAACCCUUCGUAGUUAUCCUCCAGUACUUCGACUCGAGAGGGAAGCCAUGGAAGACGUAAUGUUAGGAAAUACUGGAGUGAAGAUCGAGAAGGGAGUGAUCGCCGAAAUUCCUGUCUAUGCCAUACAUCACGACCCCGACCACUAUCCGGAUCCAUUUACCUUCAGCCCGGAUAGGUUUAUGCCCGAAAACCGGGAUCGCAUCCAAGCCUACACUUACCUGCCUUCCGGAUCGGGUCGACUGCAUUGCAUUGGAAUGCGAUUCGCGUUAUUGUCAACAAAGCUCGCGUUAACUCAGAUCUCACAUUCGUUCCGCUUCUCCAGAGUCACCGACACUGACGUCCCCGUAGUCUUCAAUAAGGGUCGGGCUCUAUGUCAGGCCAAACGGCUUGUGGUCGGCAUUCAGAAACGAUAA